AUGCAGCUGCAAGACCUAGACCCCAGACCCCCUCCUGAUCGUUCUAAUCUCUCGUCCGUAUUUUUCUUUUCUAACAUAUAUAUCUAAGAUGAGGAGUUACGCUAGCGGUUGCUAUACGGGCUGAUCGAUGGCGGGCGAAUUGACGCGCGACGAGGAUAGCGUCGGGACGAUCCCUACUGCGCAUGAAAGCGCAACGUCAGUCCUCCAUCGGUCUCCCAUGUGUCGUUCCAGCCGAGCCGGUGGAAACGGCGCGGACACCUGCUAACCUCUCCGUCUACCCUCGGCCGAACACCCGCACGAACGGCCAGACUCCGCCUAGGAAACGUUUCAUGCUCGCAGCUAGAAUGUCCAAUUUGCGGAAAUUCAUAGACAUCGGAGCCAAUUUAACGGAUUCCAUGUACCAAGGGAUCUACCACGGGUCCCAGAAGCAUCAGCCGGAUUUGGAUAAAGUUUUAGAGCGAAGUUGGAAGAACAAUCUCUCGAAGAUCAUCAUCACGGCUGGCAGCGUGGAGGAUAGCAAGAAGGCUCUCGAGAUAGCGAGAACCGAUGACAGACUGUAUUCGACGGUCGGCUGCCAUCCCACCCGUUGCAAUGAAUUCGACGAGUAUGGCAAUCCGGAGGAGUACCUCAAGUCGUUGUCGGACCUGGCGCUGAACAACAAGGAUAAAGUCGUCGCUAUCGGCGAGAUGGGCCUGGAUUACGACAGGCUGAAUUUCUGCCCCAAGGAGGCUCAGAAGAAGUACUUCGAGCUGCAAUUGUCGUUGUGCUCCACGCUGAAGCUACCCAUGUUCCUGCACUGCCGCAACGCCAGCGACGACUUCGUGCGAAUUCUGAGGAAGCACAAAAACGAAUUGACGCCGGGCGUUGUACACUCCUUCGACGGCAACCCGGAGGACGCGAAUUCCAUCCUACAAUUAGGCUUGUACAUUGGCGUCAAUGGAUGCUCGUUGAAGACAGAGGAGAACCUUUUCGCGAUCACUACCAUUCCGUCGGACAGGCUUAUGAUAGAGACCGAUUGUCCGUGGUGCGAGAUCAGGUCGACGCACGCAUCCGCGAACGACGUUAUCACGCACUUCCCGUCCGUGAAGAAAGAAAAGUGGCAGGCGGACCAGAUGGUUAAAGGACGGAACGAACCCUGUACGAUAGUUCAAAUAUUGGAAGUCCUAGCGCGGAUCAGAGACGAGGAGGAGGAGUACCUGUGCAAUCAAAUCUACAAGAAUACGAUGAAGCUUUUCUUCCCGUACGAAUUAUAGUGUGCGAGUACUCGGCGCCGCGAAAAUAUAAGCGGACUUGAAGCGCGCUGACGGGACACGCGCUCGCGGUGAAGUAAUCAGGGAUAAAAGCUGUGAACGUGCGCAAAACGGAGUGAGGAAAUAAGAAAGAAACAGCUAGGGCACGCUGCUGAAACUCUAUUGAAGGGAGGAAAUGAAGACACUCAUUUUUACAUACGUGGCUUUAUGGAAGUGGCUAACCGUCACUGUCCACAGAUCUCUCUUCCCAUGUAAAACUUUAAUAUAUUCUUGUUAAAAUUAUAUUAUUAUCAUAUCUCAUAUU